AUCUAUCCAUGUGGGUGUAUGCACACCAUCAGUCGCAGUUCCAGACUUUAGAUCACCGGAUCCUGGAAACGCAACUCUUGGAAGCAUCUAUACAAAGUGAAUCCCGGCGACUUCGGGUACUCUUCCAGAUUGUUUAGGUAUGGAACUGAGAACUCUCCUGUUCCUUCUGUGUUGGACAACGUUCAUCACUGGUAGUCUCUCGAAGAAAACGAAACAUGGAUUCAAAAGUGCGUUGCAUGACAACAUGAAAGGAUAUUUCAAGAGUUACACGGUUGGAAAUUUCAAAGGAGUCCACGAAAAGCAGUUUGACAGACUAAAGAUUAGCAAAUGGCUACGGGAAGAUGUUUCAAAGCGAGCACAGUCGUUGACACAGGAUCGGUUAAAUAAUGAAAAAACAUCAGUACCUCAGGUUCUUGCAAACUUCAAAAACCAGGAAACCGAGCGCCCAUUACUGGCUGCAAAGCGAGAACAGGAGUUGGCACAGGAAUGGUUAAAUAAUGAAAAAACAGUUCCUACGCCUCGGGUUCUUGCAAACAUCAAAAGCGAGGAAACUGAGCGCCCAUUACUGGCUGCAAAGCGAGAACAGCUGUUGGCACAGGAAUGGUUAAAUAACGAAAAACAAGUGACGGUGCCUCAGGUUCUUGCGAACUUUAAAUACCAGGAAACCGAACGCCCAUUACUGGCAGCGAAGCGAGAACAGCUGUUGGCACAGGAAUGGUUAAAUAACGAAAAACAAGUUACGGUGCCUCAGGUUCUUGCGAACUUUAAAUACGAGGAAACCGAACGCCCAUUACUGGCAGCGAAGCGAGAAGAAGUGUUGCCACAGGAAUGGUUAAAUAAUGAAAAACAAGUUACUGUACCUCAGGUUCUUGCAAACUUUAAAUACGAGGAAACCGAACGCCCAUUACUGGCUGCAAAGCGAGAAGAAGUGUUGCCACAGGAAUGGUUAAAUAAUGAAAAACAAGUUACUGUACCUCAGGUUCUUGCAAACUUUAAAUACGAGGAAACCGAACGCCCAUUACUGGCUGCAAAGCGAGAAGAAGUGUUGCCACAGGAAUGGUUAAAUAAUGAAAAACAAGUUACGGUGCCUCAGGUUCUUGCGAACUUUAAAUACGAGGAAACCGAACGCCCAUUACUUGCAGCAAAGCGAGAAGAAGUGUUGCCACAGGAAUGGUUAAAUAAUGAAAAACAAGUUACUGUACCUCAGGUUCUUGCAAACUUUAAAUACGAGGAAACCGAACGCCCAUUACUGGCUGCAAAGCGAGAAGAAGUGUUGCCACAGGAAUGGUUAAAUAAUGAAAAACAAGUUACUGUACCUCAGGUUCUUGCAAACUUUAAAUACGAGGAAACCGAACGCCCAUUACUGGCUGCAAAGCGAGAAGAAGUGUUGCCACAGGAAUGGUUAAAUAAUGAAAAACAAGUUACUGUACCUCAGGUUCUUGCAAACUUUAAAUACGAGGAAACCGAACGCCCAUUACUGGCUGCAAAGCGAGAAGAAGUGUUGCCACAGGAAUGGUUAAAUAAUGAAAAACAAGUUACUGUACCUCAGGUUCUUGCAAACUUUAAAUACGAGGAAACCGAACGCCCAUUACUGGCUGCAAAGCGAGAAGAAGUGUUGCCACAGGAAUGGUUAAAUAAUGAAAAACAAGUUACUGUACCUCAGGUUCUUGCAAACUUUAAAUACGAGGAAACCGAACGUCCAUUACUGGCUGCAAAGCGAGAAGAAGUGUUGCCACAGGAAUGGUUAAAUAAUGAAAAACAAGUUACUGUACCUCAGGUUCUUGCAAACUUUAAAUACGAGGAAACCGAACGCCCAUUACUGGCUGCAAAGCGAGAAGAAGUGUUGCCACAGGAAUGGUUAAAUAAUGAAAAACAAGUUACGGUGCCUCAGGUUCUUGCGAACUUUAAAUACCAGGAAACCGAACGCCCAUUACUGGCUGCAAAGCGUGAAGAUGUGUUGCCACAGGAAUGGUUAAAUAAUGAAAAACAAGUUACUGUACCUCAGGUUCUUGCAAACUUUAAAUACGAGGAAACCGAACGUCCAUUACUGGCUGCAACGCGUGAAGAUGUGUUGCCACAGGAAUGGUUAAAUAAUGAAAAACAAGUUACUGUACCUCAGGUUCUUGCAAACUUUAAAUACGAGGAAACCGAACGCCCAUUACUUGCUGCAAAGCGUGAAGAUGUGUUGCCACAGGAAUGGUUAAAUAAUGAAAAACAAGUUACUGUACCUCAUGUUCUUGCAAACUUUACAUACGAGGAAACCGAACGCCCAUUACUGGCUGCAAAGCGUGAAGAUGUGUUGCCACAGGAAUGGUUAAAUAAUGAAAAACAAGUUACUGUACCUCAGGUUCUUGCAAACUUUAAAUAUGAGGAAACCGAACGCCCAUUACUUGCAGCGAAGCGAGAAGUGGUGUCGGUACGGGAAUGGUUAAAUAAUGAAAAACAAGAUACGGUGCCUCAGGUUCUUGCAAACUUUAAAUACGAGGAAACCGAACGCCCAUUACUUGCAGCGAAGCGAGAAGUGGUGUCGGUACGGGAAUGGUUAAAUAAUGAAAAACCAGUUACGGUACCUCAGGUUCUUGCAAACUUUAAAUAUGGGGAAACCGAACGCCCAUUACUGGCUGCAAAGCGAGAAGAUUUGUUGCCACAGGAAUGGUUAAAUAAUGAAAAACAAGUUACGGUGCCUCAGGUUCUUGCAAACUUUAAAUACGAGGAAACCGAACGCCCAUUACUUGCUGCGAAGCGAGAAGUGGUGUCGGUACAGGAAUGGUUAAAUAAUGAAAAACCAGUUACGGUGCCUCAUGUUCUUGCAAAUUUCAAAUAUGAGGGAACUGAUCGCCCAUUACUGGCAGCGAAGCGAGAAGUGGUGUCGGUACAGGAGUGGUUAAAUAAUGAAAAACCAGUUACGGUACCUCAUGUUCUUGCAAAUUUCAAAUACGAGGGAACUGAUCGCCCAUUACUGGCAGCGAAGCGAGAAGUGGUGUUGCCACAUCGCCCAUUAGUGGGAUCCAGUGUUGGCAAAAUUGAAAAUCCAAAUGACAUUCUGGCGUGGUUUCAUAAAGCUUCAGAUCUUAGAAAAAAGGUCAGUGACGACAUUGAUUCUUACUUCAACUCGUGGAGCGAUGUUUUAAACAUCUUACCUGGCAGCUGUGGCGAACUAUCCAAGGUGCCGAUGCCAACUCACGCUUCUUUGAUCGGGAUGACCCCCGUUUUCAUGAAUCUGUUCUGGCCCUUCCGAUUCGAUGUGAAUAUAAUGAAUCAACGUCUGGCUGCUUAUGGUUUGACAAACGAAAUUAUCACUGGAAACGAGACUUUAAAAGAAGAAUUUUUCAAGGAAAUUCAAGAUUUGCAAGGCACCCCUCUGCCUGUAAAGGGGAACCAGAUAAUGUUUAGCUUUGGAGAGGAAGAUGUCAUUGACGGACUGAACCGAUUAAACAUUGUACCAGAUUCAAAGUCCUACACGAAAGCAGGGAAACACCUCUUCACUAAGGAUGAGCGAGAAAGGAUAGUUCUGCUAGCGAACAGCGCACUGGACUUGAUCAACACGACUCACACUGAGCUGUACAGCGCAAUAGUUCAAAUGGUUUCUUCCAUUGCCUUCUUCAAAGACGAAUCUGACAUGUUUACAAGUGGGACGGUCCAGUCUGCUGUAGGGCUUAUAUGGUUGGAUCCCCGGAAAGACUGGACGGUACCGUUGAUGGCAGAACAAAUUGUUCAUGAGUUCAUCCACACCACUUUGUUCUAUGCUGAACUCGUCCACGGUGGCUACAAGGAUCGUUCCCGUCUACCAGAAGCCCUAGUCGUCUCUGCUAUCAGACAGGAGCCCCGCAUCUACGACAGGUCUCUACAUGCUGCCUAUGUCUCAACUGGUCUCAUCACCUUCCAUACCCGGGCCGGCUUCCUCGACAGAGCAGCAAAACUUGCCGAGACGUUGCCAGAAGCGGUUCAGGAACUGAACAGGGUCAAUGCUGAGACUGACGUCCUGGACGAGGCUGGGAGAGCGAUGCUUGAUUUCCUCACAAACUACGUGUGUCUGACUCGCAUGUAAUCCUGUAGAGUGCAGAACUUGCAUUGCCAAUAAAUGUCAUGAUGUUUG